ACAGGCACGACCAGUUCACUUUUAACCUCUGAGCGGAGUAGAACCUACGCAUCCGUUUGCGGAUUUGUUAUUGAUUGUUAUUACUUGUAAACUUAGACUUUGGUAAAGAACUCAUUUGGAGAAUGAUUAUGCCCCCAUCCCUGCCUGCUGAAUACCUAGAUACCAAUAUGGCAGAGAGUUUAUUUAUUCAAGAUUCAGAUUAUCUAGAAAUCGAGACAGGGUUGUUGUGCCUCAGUUGUCGCAGGAGACAUUCAUCUAGAUCAUCAUGUCAGUACAGCGGAGACAGAAAACCUACACUAAGAGAAGCUUACAUCAUUGGAGACUCCCUGGGAAAAGGAGGGUUCGGAAUUGUAUACUCCGGAAUAAGAAUGAGUGAUAACAGACCUGUAGCCAUAAAACAUGUCGCUAAAUGUAAGAUUACAUCUUGGGCAAGUCUUCACGGUGUCAGAGUACCCUUAGAACUUAAACUCUUGGUUGCAGUUGAUUCUGUUCCCGGAGUUAUUAAACUGCUGGACUACUAUGAACGCUCAGAUUCCUUCGUUUACAUUCUAGAAAGGCCUCGAUACACCAAGGAUUUGUUCGACUAUAUCACACAGAAGAGUAUGCUUGAUGAAGCCAUAUCCCGGCAUUUCUUUCGUCAAGUUGUUCAGGCAGUACAAGCUUGUUUUCAUCAAGGAGUUAUUCAUAGAGAUAUCAAGGAUGAAAAUAUACUAGUGGAUCUAUCAACAGGAGAGAUAAAACUUAUUGACUUCGGGUCGGGAGCUUUUUUAAAAGACGAAAUUUUCACAGAUUUUGACGGAACCCGUGUGUAUUCUCCUCCAGAGUGGAUUAAGAAUCAGCAAUAUAAUGCCGAGCCCCUUACAGUCUGGUCCCUAGGGAUCCUACUGUAUGACAUGGUCUGCGGAGACAUACCCUUCGAGAAGGACGAGCAGAUCUGCAAAGCUAAACUCGGAUACAAACGAGAUCUGAGCCCUGAGUGUCAGAACCUGAUAGAGUCCUGUCUCCGAAUACCCCCUGGAGAACGGUUAAGUAUGGACGAGAUACUCCUUCAUCCGUGGCUCAGUCUCAGCGACAGGGAGGAUGAGAUAUUCAUAUCAGACGUGGUUCAUUGCAAUCAGCCGAGCGGAGAUAGUGCUGAUUCAGCAGCCACUAAUCAGUCCGACCAAUCCUGAUCAUUCAAUCAGCCAACCAUUCGCGGAUUUCAUGAAUAUUUCCUACCAAAUGCCAUUGAUCUCUAACUUUUGCAUUUGUGGACGUUAUCUUUUACAUGCUGACAAGCUGAAAAGCGGACAAGCUGACAAGCUAAAUAAUAGUCAGGAAGUGCUAGAACUAAACCAAAUAAACCUUUUUCUUAGAAGCAUAGUUUUAUACAAACCCUCAAAAGAUCCGCCAUUAAAACAGUGGAAAACAAUGACAAAAUUUAUUGCUGGAAACACUGAACUAUAAAACUUGUAAUAAAACCUUAGGAACCAGUUAGUAAUCAAAAUACGCGGUUAUCAUAAUUGUAAAAUAAAUUUACUGAACCCAAGUAAGAUUUUUAAGAAUUGAAGUUAAAUUUGGGUGGGAAGAAUAUCACUUGUUUUGUUAAGAGUAAAAUUAAACAAUUGACCCAAAAACAAAAUGUUUCGAUUAUUAUUUCUACUUUUAGACACGACUUUCCUUCUGAUUAUUUUCCUUGGUUAAGUCUGUAAAUAUUGUCAUCAGUGUUAAACUACACUCUAAUCUAAUAACUGUACCUCGCUCGCUGCGCUCACGCGCGCACUUGUUAAUUAUAACCUUAUAGGUUUGUUGUACUUGUUGAACCCCUAUUAAUUGUUAUUAUAUAAAAUAUAUAAACCCUACCCUCUGUG